AUGAAAGUUCAGGCUGGUGGUAGCAGCGCUCCCACUCCCAUUGGUCCCCGUGCUCACCACCUCCUCCAUUUUUAUGAUAAUCCUAUCCAAACUGUGGGAAAGUCUGCUUUUCACCAUUUACCUGAACUCAGAACCCUAACAUUAAAUGGUGUUUCAGAGAUGACAGACUUUCCUGAUUUGACUGGGACAACAAACCUGGAAAGCUUGAUCCUUACAGGAUCUAGGAUCACAACUCUUCCAGAAUCAAUUUGUGAGCACCUCCCUAAUCUCCAAAUACUAGACCUUUCAUAUAAUCAUCUGGAAGAAUUGCCCUGUUUUACAGCUUGUGAAAAACUUCAGAAAAUUGCUUUACAUCACAAUGAAAUAUAUGAAAUCCACGCAAAUGCAUUUCAGCAGCUGGUUGCCCUCCGUUCCCUGUGAGUAUCACCAUAAAAUAGUUCUUUAUAGUACUUGAUACUGAGAGGCAUGGAAGCUGACAUUCCUUUCUCCUGCCCGAUCUUACAUAUUUUGUUUUUUCCUCCUUGAUUGUUCAAAUUGCUGCAUUUGAUUUGCCAAAAGAAAACAAACAUUCUGACAUUGACAAUUUCCAGCAAUGAAUUC